AUGUCUCAGGUGUACAACCAAUCCAACAAUGAGUUCAUAUUUGGUGACAAAGGAGGCAGAGGAAAACAUCUACUGCUGUUCUUGAAAAACUUAUCGCUCACAGGAUCAUCACUGCAGGCGUCGCAAAAUUCAUCCGAUAGCAGCAUUCGAGAGGUUAACAGCAACAUUUAUGGCAAUUUGUCCUAUGGGUACACGUCGCCAGAUACUGGUGGAUCAACCAUUCCUGUCCAAUCCCAGGCACUGGGGAAGCUGGCACUGAUUCCAAUGCCUCGAUUUCCACGGUCACUGUCACUGAGAUCGGUGUCUCUUAAUGGUCAAAUCGCAAGAACAUCGACUUCACCAGAUGUCCCUCCUUCCAGAUCAGUCAGCAGACUGUCUUCCCCGUUCCACAAGCAAGUAUCUCGUACAAUCAGCUCUUCUGGAGAAAGAAGUUUUAGGAAACCAACAUACACCGAUUUGGAUGACGAUUGGGACGCAGAAAUAGACAAGGCAGAUAACGAAGAUCGUAAAGGAAGAUUUGUGGGUAUUGGCGGCGGAGAAAGAAAGUCUUCUGUUCCGAUGGUUGAUUCAUUGUAUCCAGAUUUGACAAUGUCAGGUUUUGCUCGGCCAUCAGGAGAGAUUAAGAAUAAAGACCUGAUGGACUCCCAAGAUUUACAAACCAAGGUGGAGGUUCAAAAAUUGAAUCAGUUGCAUAACCGUUUCCUCAAAUUCCGUAAAGUUAUUACGGAAGAUGCCAAUUCUAUCAAUAUUCUGGACUUGCGGAGGCUUUCGUGGAAUGGUGUACCCCCCGAACUACGUGCCAUGACCUGGCAGCUUCUCCUCGGCUAUUUGCCUACAAACAAGACGAGACAAAGCUCAACUCUCAAGAGAAAACGCCAGGAGUAUUCAGAUGGACUCAAUAAUGUGACUUUGCAGAUUCUGUUCGAAGAUAAUACUCCAAAUAAUAAUUCGUCCGUACUGCUUGCUGAUUCUAGCAACAAGGAUAACUCUGUCAAUAAGGAGAAACAGCUUUACCAUCAAAUUAAUAUUGAUGUCAAGAGAACAAACCCCACUCUCAAACUAUACUCGUACCCUGAGACCCAAAAGUCGUUGAGAAAGAUACUUUACUUGUGGGCAGUUAGACAUCCAGCAAGUGGAUACGUUCAAGGAAUCAACGACUUGUGCACACCAUUCUACCAGAUCUUCUUGAACAAUUAUUUGUGGCAAUUGCAGCGGAAGAGGGCACAUGAGUUUGAUCAGGCUGAAGACGACUCACUUCUUUUCAUUCCGGGCCUCAUUGACGACACGGGUUCAGAUGCCUUGGAAAAGCAAUUAUACAAUGACCCAAAACUCAUGAUUUACACGUGGGAGAACAUUGAUACGGCACUAAUUUCGCCUCGUGUGACCGCCAUCAUCGAAGCAGAUACUUACUGGUGUCUUUCUCGACUUCUUGACAAUAUCACCGAUAACUACAUCCAUGAACAGCCAGGAAUUCUCAAACAGGUGAGUGAUUUGCGCAACUUGAUAUCUAAAAUUGACUUGCCACUCAUUGAACAUUUAGAGUCUGAAGGUGUGGAGUUUAUCCAGUUUUCAUUCAGAUGGAUGAACUGUCUACUUAUGCGGGAGCUCUCUAUUGGUUUGAUCAUCAGAAUGUGGGACACUUAUCUUAGUGAAACGCCUCUUGGGUUCAAUAACUUCCAUGUCUAUGUAUGUGCUGCAUUUCUCAUUAAGUUCAGUGGGGAACUUAAACAGAAAGAUUUCCAGGAAAUCUUACUUUUCCUACAGAACCCUCCCACAGCAACGUGGAAAGAAAAGGACAUCGAACUUAUGCUCAGCGAGGCUUUCAUCUGGCAAAGUCUUUACAAGAACGCACUGGCGCAUCUCCGGUGA